AUGUGCCCCAUAACUCCCGUUGAGCUACUGUCCACGAUUAUCCUCGAAAAGCGAAAACUACGGCGCAAGUCGGCGAAGCGGAAAAAGUAUCGCAAAUAGCCGAAAAUAUUUCUCUAUUUCCUCCCAAAAACUCAUCAAUUUUCCGGAGGUU